UAUUCCCACCCCCUAAAAGGGACCAACUUUCUGGAUCUCUCCAUUCUGCCCCGCGAGAAACUUCGGGAGGCCUGACCCCUGUUUUAAGAGCAGGAGACACGGCCUGUCUAGAAGAAGUUCUUGAACACGAGCACUGUAAUCAAAGAGGAAGACAAAAAACCAUAGAAACCUUUAAACCAACAUGGCUUUGCUGUGCUACAAUAAAGGCUGUGGACAAACGUUUGACCUCAACAACAACAAGGAUGACUCCUGUCUCUUCCAUCCAGGAGUUCCCAUCUUCCAUGAUGCCCUGAAGGGAUGGUCCUGCUGUCGGAAGAGGACAACUGACUUCUCAGAGUUUCUCUCCAUCAAGGGCUGCACCCACGGUCGCCACAGCAACGAGAAGCCUCAAGAGCCUCUGAGGGCAGAGGUGUGUUCGGAUAAGGGCAAUAGUAGGCAUACCAACUGCCAAGAAAUUAUCUACCAAGGCCCCAAAUCUGCUGAAAUGUUGCAGAAAGAGAGACCCAGUUCAGAUGAGCCUAUGACAAAGCUUCCCCACAAAGUGUCAGCGUCUCUGGUUCAGGUUCUUGAGAAGCUGGACAUCAACAAGACCUCCAGCAGCGAGACCAAAGAGAGUCAGACUGUUAUGAAAGGUACCCGCUGCAAAAAUGCAGGCUGCAAAACGAUCUAUCAAGGAUCAACAACUGACAUGGAGGCCUGCACCCACCACCCUGGAGCCCCCGUCUUCCAUGAAGGGUAUAAAUAUUGGAGCUGCUGCUGCAUAAGAACCACAGACUUCAAUGCCUUCAUGGACCAGAAAGGCUGCACCACAGGGAAACACAGCUGGGUUCCAAAGCAGGACAAGAAGAAAGUGGCAUGUCGACAUGACUGGCAUCAGACCCGAAAUGCUGUUGUCAUAACAAUUUAUGCCAAAAAUGCACUUCCUGAAUUCUGUACAAUAGAGGCCAACCAGACAGUGCUCUCAUGUCAAAUCCAGUUUGACAGAGAAAAGAUUUUCAAGAGGAACUUCCACCUCUGGGGGGUUAUUGAUGUCAAUAAAAGCUCUGUCAACCUGGUCCCUUCCAAAGUAGAAAUAAGCCUUCACAAAGCUGACCAGGUGUCCUGGGGCAAACUGGAAGACACGAACUACAAGCCCGAGCCAGAGCCUGUGGAGGAGCCGGACAACGAAAUGCCAGAGUCAUAUCAACCGGACUGGGACAUUGCAGAUGAUGACAUCAGUGACUCAGAUGAAGAGUGGGCUUACGACACUCCAGAGAACAGAAGACAGGAGAGCAAAGAGGAUCAGGAAAAGAUGAAGAUGGAGGAAACCAUGCAGAAUUUGAAGAGGAAGCAGGUGGAGGAGGAGAUGAAGAAUGCAAUGAGGGAAAAUCUGAGAGCAGAGGAGGAGAAGAAGAGGCUAGAAGAGCAACGGAAGCAAGAGGAAGGAUUUGAAGAUAUGCCUGAUCUUGAGGACCAUGAUGCAGAUGUAGAGUGAUUGUUUAAGCAUGAUGAAGAAAAAAAGUAGAAAAUAAAACAAAACAUUUACGUCUAAA